AUGGGCGGCCUGAGGGUUCCCAAAGAUCUCCGGGACAUCACGCUGGUCUGGCUCACCGAAGCCCUUCAGAGCAGAGGGGCCGCGGGAGGCGCUUCCGUCACCGGAUACUCGGCCGAGACCCUCGCCGAGGGCAAGGGGUUUAUGAACCGGCUGUUUCGGGUGACGCUGGACUACGACGCGGACCUUCCCAAUCUUCCAGCCGCCAUGAUCGUCAAGCUGCCGUCCGCGGACCCUUUGUUGAGAGCGGUUUUCGACCGGCUGGGGCAGAACCGACGCGAGGUCAGGUUCUAUCAGGAGUUGGCAGUCAACCCUCACCUGCCGGCCCCUGGUUGCUACCACUCCGGCGUGGACCCAUCCACCGGCCACACGGUUCUGCUGCUGGAGGACAUGAGCCACGCCCGCCAGGGCGAUAGCGUGGCCGGCUGCUCCAUGGCCGAGGCCCGGGCCGCCAUCGUCCAGCUGGCCAGAUUCCAGGCGUCCUGGUGGGAGAGCUCUCGCUUGGACGGCUUGCACUGGAUGCCUUUGAAGGAUGCCGAAGCCGGCUCCUACCAGGAGAUAUACCCCGGGGCGUGGAAGUCUCUGAUCGAGAAGGCCGGUGACGGGAUGCCUCCGGGUUUGCGCCGGCUGGGGGACCGACUGAGCCUGGAGGUGCCCAGGAUAAAGGCCCUACUUACCAAGUCCCCAAGGACGAUUGUCCACGGAGACUAUCGCCUCGACAAUUGCUUCUUCUCUAACGACGCGCAUCCUCAACCGCUGGUGGUUUUCGAUUGGGAGUUCUGCGUGCGCGGCCGGGGCGCCUGCGACGUCGCCACCUUCAUCAGCGAGGCGUUUCCCUCUCGGCAACGUGGGGAGGUGGAGUUGGACCUGCUGCGCACCUACCACACCGUCCUGCUGGACAAUGGCGUGAGCGGCUACUCGUUUGAAGAGUGCUGGCAUGAUUACCGGCUGUCGAUGCUGGAAAUCUUUGUUUUCUGGAUAAUCACGGGCGGCUACUGCAAUUUCGAAAGUGAGCGGGCCACCGUGUACCUGCACAACACCUUGGCACGGUUCGACGCCGCCAUAUCCGACCUUGCCGCCACCGAGCUGCUUUCCAACUAA